UGCAACAUGCAGGAAAUAAUGACAUAAUAAGUGACGAAAAAAGGAGGAGGAGGAACUAAAACCAGACAAGGGUAAUGUUUUCACAUCUGCUCAGUAAGGAAAUACUUGAGGCUGCAACAUGAUGAUGAAUCUCCUUGCAGCCAUAUGGACCCUGACGCCUUUGAUUCUGUUGGGCACUCUUGCUGCUGACUGGACAGUGCGUGUUCCUAUGGAUCCAGUCUAUGCUACUUCUGGUUCUUCUGUAGUUUUGGAGUGCACCUAUGACUACCCAGAAGAGUCUGACCAGGGAAUACUACGCAAAGUGCUGUCAGAGAUGUGGUGUCUGAAUGAAAGCCGCUGCAUUACUCCCAGAUACGUGUACCACAGUGCAGGGAUAUUCCCUGAGCCCUCAUACCAGGGCCGAGUCAAGUACUUGGGGCAGACAGGAAGCAAAAACUGCUCUCUGAUGAUAUCUGAUCUGAGGUCAGAAGACAGCGGCGUGUACGUGUUCCGGUUCAUCACCGACCACCUGAAAGCCAAGCUACCAGGACAGAGAGGAGUGAAUCUACAGGUCACACAUCAGAUAAAAUCAAUAAGUGCAUCUUCAUUCACUACUGGCAUUGUGCUUGGAGUUAUUAUAAUGGUUAUCAUAAUAGCAGGCAUUGUGGUACUCAUCAGACGCAAGUCACGGGGAGAGAGGUCAAUAUCACUUUAAACCAGCUAUUACCACGGAGGAUGAAAAAAAUUACUUUUGACUGUAAACAAAACAGAGAUGUAAACCAAUAGUUCUGCUUUUUUUGUUUUGUUUUUGUGUGUCACUUUUACAUUCAUUUUAUAGAUUUUUGCAUCCAUUACAGUCUGUAUUAUUUAUCUAUUCAUAUUAUUUUCUGCACAUCAAACGGUAUGUUUCAUUCUCAUAUUUCACUUUUUGCAGUCUUAUUUAUCUUUUUGUAGUCUAUUGCAGAUCAUAUUGUAUUUUACUUUUUGCAUGUCACUGCCGCUGUGUUGCAUGUCAGGGUGACAACACUGCCUUCAACCACUGAACUAGUGUCUGAACAACUCUUUUUUUUCACAGUCUGUAAAAAGAGAAAAUAAUGGUUAUGUAGUAAGCAAUUUUUAUUAAGCCAGCAAAAAAAGAAAACAGGAAAGAAAACCACCUCUCAUUCUACCCUCUUCAGCACAUCAUUUUAAUCAAAAAAGCAUGUGGUAUUGUUUCUAAAACCUCAUUUACCCUAAAAAAUUACUAUCAAUCUGUUGCUAUUUUCUCACCCUUGAA